AUGAGGAAGGAGGACAGGUCCAAAAACGACAGAAAAACUAAAAGAGAAUAUAAGAGAAAAGAAAAAGUGAGUGAAACUGCAAGUGGAGCUGAAAUAAGACACCAAAGAGGACUAUUUCUGGGAAAUUUAAAGUUUUUUAACACAUUUUUGGAGAUGGAGCACAUGCGAGCAGUGGUCUACCUUUCUGUCUGUUUGACCGUGAUGACAUCACUCUGUCAGGGUGAAAGGUCACCUGAAAAUCAGCUGCCGUCCGCACCAGACGAGCCGAUUCUCGGACUCUCAACCAACGAACUGGCUGAAGCUCUGCAGGGUCUCCUGGAAGAAGCCGACAGCAGAGUCGGACUCUCUGUGGAGAAGAAAGCCAGCGUGAUCCCACGGUGUGACGUGGGCGAGCGCUGUGCGAUGAAACAUGGACCUCGGAUUGGCCGGCUGUGCGAUUGUCUGAGGGGGACGGCCUGCAACACCUUCUUCCUGCGCUGCUACUGAGCACACAAACGCCAGUGCUGCUAUAUUUGUGAGGACAAAAAUCCUGCAAACAUGAGCCUUAAAUCAGGCCUGAAUUUUUUGUCCUCACAAAGAUAGACAUCCACACUGUCCCACACACACUGGACUGUGUUUCUGCAUAUUGGACUUUGUUUUAAAGUUUCCGUGUCCAUCAGUCAGAUUAAUUUAUUUUUGUUAAUAAAGACUCUUCACAAAGCUGCACGACUCCAGAGACUUCAUGAUUUCCAGAGCACCUGACAGGCUGAACUCAGACAGUUGGAGUGUCAUAUGAGCCGUAGAUGAGCUCCAAAUAUGUUUUCACUCAGCGUUAUGACUGUUUAUUGUUGUAUUUGGUCAAGAAAAAACCUACUACAACACACCUGUAAUUUCAUUUACUUUUCUGAUCAGUUUUCAGCUUCUUAACCUGUUUGUCUAUCACUAAAUGUUUGUGAGAAAUCAUUUUAAAAGAUCAAAUAAAUGUUAUCUGAAGAUUGCUUAUGUCUCUAUCAAGAAGUAUUUAGUUAUUGUUUGUUUGGUUGAACAUCAUUCAUUGUGCGUUGAAUAAAAAGGCACCGUUGUAAUUCACAGUCUGACCAGGUGGUGGCACUGUGUUC